AUGAUAACUUCGUACAAGGACUUUACAAAGAGAACCAACUGCACCACAGUAUUUCUCACGGGAAUAGUUGUAUACUUUGUCUCUGUGAUACUUCUAUGGAAGCACAAUGGAUUUGUGCACUUUCUGUGGGCUCUGGUUAAAAAGCCUGUUUCCCUGUUUUGUGUUGAUUUUACCGUAUUCCUUUCGCUAGAAGCUAUUUCCCUUCUGUUUUACGGGCUUGUGAAGGCCUCGGGAAAGUACGUGCUUCCCAAGACAGUUGUAUUUAUUGGGCUAUUUAUUACGGUAGGUGCUACUUUGCUGGUGAUUCGGGCGGGAAAGGUGGAACCUGAAGACUUUGCAAAUAUUUUCAUAACCUGCAAAAUUCUAACGGGCUUACUAUAUAUGGAAAUUUCAGGCAUGAAAAUUUUACCCGCCAAAACAGGAAUAUUUUCGUACCUGAAAAAAAUCUAUACAAAAACGCACCUGAUUUUCCUGGGGAUUUUCCCGGCCCUUUUCCCCACGCAUUCCCCGGUAGACGCCUUUCUCUCGUACGCGCUGCUCUCCCUCAUCCUGCACAUCUACGUUUUCAACGUAAACUACUUCGCACAAAAUCUGCGCGUGCUUUCCCAGGAGAAUAAAACUUUUUCCAAAGAAAAUCAAAUGAUCCUCACUAACUACAGCAAAAGCACUGAUCUUUUGAUCUUCCCAGAAAAAAUGGAAAAAUCAGGUGCUUCCUUCUUUGAGGUGAAUAAUCACGUGCUUUUUGGGUAUGCUGUAGACUUGCUGUUUUUAUUGCAGGAAAACAUCCGCAGAAUUGUCUCCCGGGAAAGUGUUUCUAGAGUCAUUGUAAAGCCAAAGGUUGUCCGGCAGUUUCCUGCUGAGCUGCUCUCCGGUGGGGAUGGGGGAGUUCCUAUAGAAAAGAGCGAAGGUUCGAUUCCGUACAGGAUUUGGUUUUUUUAUUAUAGCAGGCACGUAUACGCCUACGCCCUGGAAGAGGCUAAGCUCUCACAGGACAUUCUCAAGAGACUAACGAGAGGAAUCUGGCAAAUGGAUGCAUCGUAUCGCAGGAAGUUACUGCAGCAAAUUUCCGAUGUGAAGACAGAGGUCAAGAAGAUCCGGGUUUUAGAUGCAUCGGAGCUAUAUGGGAUACUCAACAUGUGGGCAUUCCAUCUUACAACGUAA